AUGCGAGCAUAUGUAUUUGCCGCCAAGAUAUUGAAGCUCAACGACAGACUCAUUGGGUGGAGAUGCGACGACUUUCACCAAGGGCAUUUGGUGACUCUCUAUGCCCGCCUGCACGAAGAGUUCAGACGCGACCCAGGCAUUAUGCUGAGACUGGAAAAUCUUUGCUAUGGCCAGCAUAUGGCUUGGCUUUUCAGGAUGGAGGAGACCCUCAGGGAAGCCGAUAUGCCGGAACCAUGCCACGACUUUCGGAAUGAAGAGCUCUUCCCCAACUAUAUGCAAUUGCCUAUAGACGAUCCGGAUAAGGUGUCGGACCAUUUCAACAGGUAUCACAGACCAAAGAAACACUGGAUCUUCCUAGGAAGCCUCGUCGGGUUGGAUAUACCAGCGGAGAGGCUUCUGGUCCGUGACAAGCAAAAAAAGACAGUUCUUGUCAGCUUGAACAACGUUAGCAUAGAUGUGGGGGAUGCACGGGAGGUUUCCCCAUUGUCUAUCGUCCUAAUACCUUAUGCCGCGAGGACCACCUUAGAAGAUGGGAAGGAGGCUGCCACUUCCACAAAUCAAAUGAUCAAGGUAAUAUCGGGGGUGACAUUGGCCGAGAUCUUGAGGCUCAGCUGCAAGGUAAACAUCUAUUCGAACAUAAAACGAGACAUGAGAAUCUGUCACGGGUGCAACAAGCAAGUUGAAAAGGGUUCCCCGGUGCUCUCCAAGUGUGCACGAUGUGGCAUGUUUUGGUAUUGUAGCAAGGAUUGUCAGGUGGCCGGUUGGAAAAACAAAGGUCACAAAGACGACUGUAAACUUUUGGGUAUCAAGGUCAUCUAUGAUGCUUUUUGCAGGGAUCCGGAGGGAAUGAUAAACCCUAUCGGCUGGGAGUUGAGGACCAUGUUCUUCAACGCCUUGGAUUGGGCAAAGCUCACCUCAAACGCCACUGUUUCAAUUGCGGAUUUGAUCAAAAAGGUCCAGCCGAUUGGGGUCGCAUCCGAAAACCCUGCUCCAAAGGUCAAGCCUGCAAACCAAAUGAUUGACACACUUUUGGAAAAGCUUGGCGAUCUUGGGCCAGACGACUGA